UGUCAGCUGGUCUCUUGGAAGUCCCCUGUAAUAUCAGUCUGGAACAGUACGCUUGCUCUUCGCUGACAGGCUUCACUGCUAAAAACCUGGCUGAACUUCUGAUGUGUCAACUAUCCAGCAGCAGCAGUCACUCAAAGGAGAUCUGGAAAUUGCUUCUCACCAAAACCAAUGAUGUUCUAGAUCAAGCCCUCAUCAUCUUUUCCAAUACGUCUCAGCCAAUCAGAGGUGUGUCUGUGUCCAAUGUGCUGGAUGUGAUUGGUGAGCUGAGAUUGGAGCAGUUCAGUCCUGACCAAUGGAGUGAUAUCGGUUUCAUCAGCAUGUUGUUAGGUCAGACUCUGAGACCGUUUUUACCAUCCACAUCAGCGACUCUACUGAUGUGCCUUAGCCGCAAAAACCUCAGCUGCCCAAUUUACCAGAACAUUCUGGAGGAGUUCAGUUCUCAAUUCUCUCUAAUGGAUGAGACAGAGAGAAGAAACAUGGUGGAAUUUUUCAUCUUGCCCUUCCUCAGAGGAAACACGACAGAUCCGGGCUGUGUGUUCAGUGCUAACACCAACACUGAGUGGCUGCUAAUGAACUUUGGGCCGUUUGCUCAGUUUGUGUCUCUCAGAGAUGUGUUCUCCAUCAACACACACUUUGAUCCUUUGGAGACCCUGGUGUAUCUCUCUCCGGGUCAGAUGGUUGGACUGAUGGUUGAUGAACUUCCUGGUCUUCCAGAGAAAGAUGCGGUCAUCAAUAGAGUGUUUAAUCACCUGCUUGAGUCUCCUGUGGAACGAAGACUUCCAGAAGUUCUAGAAAACCUGCUCUCACGAUCACAGAUGGUCUUUAUUCCGUGCAGCUCCUACAUACUGAUUUUUACAAGACUGUUCCAGGCUUUACCCUUCCUGCCAUCAGAGAUGGUGACUCUGGUCCUCAACACAACUGAAGAACUCAAGCAGAAUGGAGAGAGAGGCUGUUCACUUCCUGAACCUCCAAUAUGUCUAGUCACACCAGUGAAUGCUACAAGAGUUUGUGCAGCAGUCAACAGUAAUGAGCUGGAGACUCUCCUGUCAGCUGGUCUCUUGGAAGUCCCCUGUAAUAUCAGUCUGGAACAGUACGCUUGCUCUUCGCUGACAGGCUUCACUGCUAAAAACCUGGCUGAACUUCUGAUGUGUCAACUAUCCAGCAGCAGCAGUCACUCAAAGGAGAUCUGGAAAUUGCUUCUCACCAAAACCAAUGAUGUUCUAGAUCAAGCCCUCAUCAUCUUUUCCAAUACGUCUCAGCCAAUCAGAGGUGUGUCUGUGUCCAAUGUGCUGGAUGUGAUUGGUGAGCUGAGAUUGGAGCAGUUCAGUCCUGACCAAUGGAGUGAUAUCGGUUUCAUCAGCAUGUUGUUAGGUCAGACUCUGAGACCGUUUUUACCAUCCACAUCAGCGACUCUACUGAUGUGCCUUAGCCGCAAAAACCUCAGCUGCCCAAUUUACCAGAACAUUCUGGAGGAGUUCAGUUCUCAAUUCUCUCUAAUGGAUGAGACAGAGAGAAGAAACAUGGUGGAAUUUUUCAUCUUGCCCUUCCUCAGAGGAAACACGACAGAUCCGGGCUGUGUGUUCAGUGCUAACACCAACACUGAGUGGCUGCUAAUGAACUUUGGGCCGUUUGCUCAGUUUGUGUCUCUCAGAGAUGUGUUCUCCAUCAACACACACUUUGAUCCUUUGGAGACCCUGGUGUAUCUCUCUCCGGGUCAGAUGGUUGGACUGAUGGUUGAUGAACUUCCUGGUCUUCCAGAGAAAGAUGCGGUCAUCAAUAGAGUGUUUAAUCACCUGCUUGAGUCUCCUGUGGAACGAAGACUUCCAGAAGUUCUAGAAAACCUGCUCUCACGAUCACAGAUGGUCUUUAUUCCGUGCAGCUCCUACAUACUGAUUUUUACAAGACUGUUCCAGGCUUUACCCUUCCUGCCAUCAGAGAUGGUGACUCUGGUCCUCAACACAACUGAAGAACUCAAGCAGAAUGGAGAGAGAGGCUGUUCACUUCCUGAACCUCCAAUAUGUCUAGUCACACCAGUGAAUGCUACAAGAGUUUGUGCAGCAGUCAACAGUAAUGAGCUGGAGACUCUCCUGUCAGCUGGUCUCUUGGAAGUCCCCUGUAAUAUCAGUCUGGAACAGUACGCUUGCUCUUCGCUGACAGGCUUCACUGCUAAAAACCUGGCUGAACUUCUGAUGUGUCAACUAUCCAGCAGCAGCAGUCACUCAAAGGAGAUCUGGAAAUUGCUUCUCACCAAAACCAAUGAUGUUCUAGAUCAAGCCCUCAUCAUCUUUUCCAAUACGUCUCAGCCAAUCAGAGGUGUGUCUGUGUCCAAUGUGCUGGAUGUGAUUGGUGAGCUGAGAUUGGAGCAGUUCAGUCCUGACCAAUGGAGUGAUAUCGGUUUCAUCAGCAUGUUGUUAGGUCAGACUCUGAGACCGUUUUUACCAUCCACAUCAGCGACUCUACUGAUGUGCCUUAGCCGCAAAAACCUCAGCUGCCCAAUUUACCAGAACAUUCUGGAGGAGUUCAGUUCUCAAUUCUCUCUAAUGGAUGAGACAGAGAGAAGAAACAUGGUGGAAUUUUUCAUCUUGCCCUUCCUCAGAGGAAACACGACAGAUCCGGGCUGUGUGUUCAGUGCUAACACCAACACUGAGUGGCUGCUAAUGAACUUUGGGCCGUUUGCUCAGUUUGUGUCUCUCAGAGAUGUGUUCUCCAUCAACACACACUUUGAUCCUUUGGAGACCCUGGUGUAUCUCUCUCCGGGUCAGAUGGUUGGACUGAUGGUUGAUGAACUUCCUGGUCUUCCAGAGAAAGAUGCGGUCAUCAAUAGAGUGUUUAAUCACCUGCUUGAGUCUCCUGUGGAACGAAGACUUCCAGAAGUUCUAGAAAACCUGCUCUCACGAUCACAGAUGGUCUUUAUUCCGUGCAGCUCCUACAUACUGAUUUUUACAAGACUGUUCCAGGCUUUACCCUUCCUGCCAUCAGAGAUGGUGACUCUGGUCCUCAACACAACUGAAGAACUCAAGCAGAAUGGAGAGAGAGGCUGUUCACUUCCUGAACCUCCAAUAUGUCUAGUCACACCAGUGAAUGCUACAAGAGUUUGUGCAGCAGUCAACAGUAAUGAGCUGGAGACUCUCCUGUCAGCUGGUCUCUUGGAAGUCCCCUGUAAUAUCAGUCUGGAACAGUACGCUUGCUCUUCGCUGACAGGCUUCACUGCUAAAAACCUGGCUGAACUUCUGAUGUGUCAACUAUCCAGCAGCAGCAGUCACUCAAAGGAGAUCUGGAAAUUGCUUCUCACCAAAACCAAUGAUGUUCUAGAUCAAGCCCUCAUCAUCUUUUCCAAUACGUCUCAGCCAAUCAGAGGUGUGUCUGUGUCCAAUGUGCUGGAUGUGAUUGGUGAGCUGAGAUUGGAGCAGUUCAGUCCUGACCAAUGGAGUGAUAUCGGUUUCAUCAGCAUGUUGUUAGGUCAGACUCUGAGACCGUUUUUACCAUCCACAUCAGCGACUCUACUGAUGUGCCUUAGCCGCAAAAACCUCAGCUGCCCAAUUUACCAGAACAUUCUGGAGGAGUUCAGUUCUCAAUUCUCUCUAAUGGAUGAGACAGAGAGAAGAAACAUGGUGGAAUUUUUCAUCUUGCCCUUCCUCAGAGGAAACACGACAGAUCCGGGCUGUGUGUUCAGUGCUAACACCAACACUGAGUGGCUGCUAAUGAACUUUGGGCCGUUUGCUCAGUUUGUGUCUCUCAGAGAUGUGUUCUCCAUCAACACACACUUUGAUCCUUUGGAGACCCUGGUGUAUCUCUCUCCGGGUCAGAUGGUUGGACUGAUGGUUGAUGAACUUCCUGGUCUUCCAGAGAAAGAUGCGGUCAUCAAUAGAGUGUUUAAUCACCUGCUUGAGUCUCCUGUGGAACGAAGACUUCCAGAAGUUCUAGAAAACCUGCUCUCACGAUCACAGAUGGUCUUUAUUCCGUGCAGCUCCUACAUACUGAUUUUUACAAGACUGUUCCAGGCUUUACCCUUCCUGCCAUCAGAGAUGGUGACUCUGGUCCUCAACACAACUGAAGAACUCAAGCAGAAUGGAGAGAGAGGCUGUUCACUUCCUGAACCUCCAAUAGUAAGACUUAUCAUUCAUUCCUUAAUAUUUCAUUUCAUUAUUUUAAUUCACUACAAGAGUUUGUGCAGCAGUCAACAG